AUGCCCUAUUAACGUAAAAUAAAUCCAAUCUGAAGGAAAAAGAAAUAAUCAAUGUCGGAAAUAGUGUGACGGAAUAAAGUACUUUUAUUUCUCUUUAAAGCAUGUAUCCCUUGUAUUACUAAACUCAGUAAUGGUUCUGCCACAAUCUUUUCUGCUCUCCUAAUUUAUGCUUUUCUUUCUGCAUCGUUUUUCUCAAACUUUUUACCUGACAUUUUUUUUCUCUGCAAGGACUGCUAUUCUUUGGAAAUGCUAUUUAUGCGUAUUCUAAUAAUACAGGAUGGAUCGAAGAUCACUGUCUCACUAACAGCAACUUGCAAUUAAAAAGAAAAUAAUUUACGACGUACGUGUCACAGUUUGGAAUAUAUUUGAGAUUCCUUAUAGUACUAUAUCGUUUCUUUUUCUCUUUCUUUCUUACGAAUACUUCGUGACUGAUACGGAUAAUGUCGUUCGCGCACUGAGCAUCUUAAAAUAGUAUAUAAUAAGUUUUCAACAGUUUACGCCCAGUGUAGAAAAACUUCUGUAAAAAAUCAGUCCUCUUUAUGGUGUUUAACUUGUUCGUCGAUACAAUGUUUUACAUUGAACAAAUGCUAUUUGGUAAUUUGCCAUGAGAAGAAUAUACUUUCCAACUACAAAUUCGCAUGAGACAAAAGGGUUGCCCAGGAUCAGCUGGCUUGCCUCAUCAACAUAACAUACCCUGAAAAUAUGGGUUGUCGAUCAAAAAUAAUAAACAACAAUUAAUUCUGAUUUUGAUGGCUCAGUCGAAAAAUUGAUAUAUGUUGCAUACUGGUAAAAUUGCAGACACAACUUCUGAGAUGAUAUUUUUUACAAUUCAUUAUUGACCAAACAAAAAAUAUGAUGCGUCGAAACAGGACUAAGCACAAACUUAUCUUCAUUGGUCUGGUUCUUGCAUUCACUGUUGCUUACAAUGAAUUUUUUGCCUAUGAAAUUCAGAGCUUCAAGUGGGCUACUAGAGACUGUUCAGAUUGUGUCAAAGUCUUACUUGUAGCGGAUCCUCAAAUUUUAGGGGAGAAGAAUGAAAAUUAUAUUGGAGCAUGGCUGGCUAGAUGGGAUAAUGAUCAGUAUCUGAAAAAGACUUUUACAAGGGCUCUGAGACAUUCGCAACCACAUGCGAUAGCAUUCCUUGGUGAUCUCAUGGAUGAAGGUCACAUUGCUCCACCAGAAUAUUUUCAGCGAUAUAAAGAACGUUUUGAUGAUAUAUUUUACACACCCGAGCAUAUAAUGAAAAUCUACUUACCUGGUGACAAUGAUAUUGGUGGUGAAGAAGAUAUGGUUUCUUCGAGGAUUCAUAGCAGAUUCAAGUUUUCCUACAGUCAACCAGACACUCUCUCACUUAACAGUGUCACAUUCUUCAAAGUUAAUAGAUUGACACAUUCAAUGUCACAAGCACCAAAAGAUGCGUUUCUUAAUGAUUAUGCAGAAAGAAACACAACCAACGUUAUUCUUAGUCACAUACCGUUAUUAUUUACGCCUGGUAGUUUUGUUCAGAAUAUUAUCUUCACCGCGCACGAGCACAGAGCAAUGCAUAUAAGUUUAGACACAGCGACCGAUCAGCUUAGUGAAAUCUGGAUUUUACCUCCUUACAAAACUUUGCUCUAUCAGUUCAGAAUGGAUAUGGGUGACAUACACGAGCUCCAAAUACCAACUUGUUCCUACAGAAUGGGAACACCAUACAUGGGUUACGGUCUGGCUUAUAUUGAUACCCAAGAGAAAAUAGUGGAAUUCACAAUAUUAUGGCUACCAGGGAGAUUUCCACAGUUAUUGUUAUACCUCUUCAUUCUAGUGUCAGUCAUCAUCUUUUCCUUAAAACUUAUCUCCGGAUGUGGUUGCUGCGUGGGCAACAGUCGGCCGACAUACAAUCGCUUGUCUACUCAAUAAUGUAAAUUUCUUAUGCGAUAGAAUAUUCGAAAUUGGUGCCAAUAAUCGAUCGAGUGGCAAAAGUUUAUGUCUAUGUACAACGUUAAUAUUUGCAUUCAUCGCGUAUCAAUCAAUUAGGAACAAUCCAUCCAGUGAAUUUACUGCGAUUAAUCAUGCGAUAUUUUGGCGGUCUUUCUCGAUUGAAAUUCUAUCGGAUUUAUAGAAUUCUGGAAUUCGGGCAAAGAGAAGUUUGGGCAUCCCGCUCGCCCCGUACCGCCGGUUGUCUGUACUUGGCACGAAAUCCGGUCGUAUUUCUUGAUUAAAUAAUAAAGCCGAUUAGAAACUUGUAAUUUUAAGCCAUACUGUGCAUAUUCAUUUGUAUGAUUUCUCAGUCGCGAUUGAGAUAUAUUAUUUUUUUAUGUCACAAUUGAUUGAACUUUGACAACAAUGUAAUGUAUAUGUUAAUCUUAGGAAACUUCAGACUUGCAGUAUUUCAAUUUUAAUUUAUCAAGCGAAGCCUUAACAUAACGCUGUACAUUCGGUAUCGCGAGUGCAUUCUCAGUUUUCGUUUACGAUUCUAUCAAUGUAUUUACGAUUAUUGUUAUCUUAAUUUAGAUUAAUCAAUAUUCCUCAUAGAUGUUUGCGAGCGUGAAAGACUAAUCAAAUUAUUGUUAAAAAGUCUGGAGAAUAUGUAAGAUACCUUAGGCAAUAUUAACGUUUCGUAACAGAUUUACGUGACUUUCUCUACAUACUAUACUUCAUAUAGCCCAUAUUUAUUGUUACAAUAUUAUCGUUGUCGUUGUCAUGAGAUACUUUUAAUUGUAUCUACGCUACCGUUGUACAUAAAAUCGUAAAGUUUAUGAGAGAUACUUAUACACACAGAAUAAAUAUUUUCUGUUAAUAAAA